UCUCUAGUGAUGUUUACUAAUGGAAGCGUCCAAGCCACCCCCCCUUCCAAUCCUUACCGCUAUGCGCGGCUCCGAGCGCCGGGGACUGAGGCUCGGGAGUGACUGAGCGCCUGGCUGCGGGGGUUCUCUGCUGUGCUGCCCGUUCUUCUGCUGUGUCCCGCGCAGGAUAUGUGCUGAGUGUUCCGGGCGCCGCUCUCCGAUACUUCCCAGAUUUCCUCACGCACCGUUAAAUUCCAAUGGAUCAUAUUCAGGGAGCAUGGAUGAAGAUCAGCAAUGGAUUUGGUUUGAAGGACUCGGUGUUUGAGGGAUCUAGCUGCAUGUCACCUACCAUUAUGCAACAGUUCGCAUACCGGCGGCGAGCAUCUGAUGACGGAAAGCUUGGUGACCCCUCGAAGGCGAGCAGUACCAUCAGAGUCUACCUUCCCAAUAAGCAGAGAACUGUUGUUAACGUACGGAGUGGCAUGAGUUUACAUGAUUGUCUUAUGAAAGCUUUGAAGGUGCGAGGCCUCCAGCCAGAAUGCUGUGCUGUUUUCCGUCUUCUGCAAGAUACUAAAGGAAAAAACAGCGGCUUGGACUGGAGCACAGACGCCAUGUCAUUAAUAGGGGCAGAGCUGCAAGUGGAUUUCUUGGAUCAUGUCCCACUCACAACCCAUAAUUUUGUACGAAAGACUUUCUUGAAAUUGGCCUUCUGUGACAUCUGCCAGAAGUUUCUGCUGAAUGGUUUCCGGUGUCAGACGUGUGGGUACAAGUUUCACGAGCACUGCUGUACCAAGGUCCCGAUCAUGUGUGUGGACUGGAGCAAUAUCCGACAGUUACUAUUGUUUCCAAACCCAAAUAAUUCAGUUGGCAGCACGCUAAUGCCCUCAAUACGGCGUAUGCGAGAAUCAGUCCGUGGCUCAGCAAGCUCCCAGCACAGAUAUUCUACACCUCAUGUCUUCAACUUCUCAACUCCAAAUCCGUCUUCAGAGUGUUCACUUUCUCAGAUACAGAGGUCCACGUCCACACCCAAUGUCCACAUGGUCAGCACAACAAUGCCUGUGGACAGCAGAAUAAUAGAGAAUAACUGGCUUAAUACUUCUCCGAGGUCCACAUCGCAACGUUUUUGUUUGUGGGGCAGAGAUGCUGUAAGGACCCAUAGUGAAUCAGGGAGUCCGAAUAACUUGAGUCCUACAGGAUGGUCCCAGUCCAAAACUCCAGCUCCAACGCACAGAGAGAAAUCUGCAGUGUCCAGCAGCCAGGAGAAAAAUAAAAUACGCUCCCGUGGGCAAAGAGAUUCCAGUUACUACUGGGAAAUAGAAGCAAGCGAGGUAAUGCUGUCUUCCAGAAUAGGAUCGGGAUCUUUUGGAACAGUAUAUAAAGGCAAAUGGCAUGGUGAUGUGGCAGUAAAAAUUCUCAAAGUUACAGAUCCAACUCCAGAACAGUUGCAGGCCUUUAGAAAUGAAGUUGCCGUUCUCAGAAAAACACGGCAUGUGAAUAUUCUGCUUUUCAUGGGCUACAUGACAAAAGAUAACUUGGCUAUUGUCACACAGUGGUGCGAGGGAAGCAGUCUCUACAAACAUCUGCAUGUACAGGAGACCAAAUUCCAGAUGUUCCAGCUCAUAGACAUUGCCCGACAGACAGCACAAGGCAUGGACUAUUUACAUGCAAAGAACAUUAUCCACAGAGACAUGAAGUCAAACAACAUAUUUCUGCAUGAAGGGUUAACAGUGAAAAUCGGAGAUUUCGGACUGGCCACAGUCAAGUCUCGAUGGACUGGUUCCCAGCAGGUGGAGCAGCCGACUGGAUCAAUCCUGUGGAUGUCUCCAGAGGUGAUUCGAAUGGAGGAUAAUAAUCCGUUCAGUUUCCAGUCCGAUGUUUAUGCUUACGGUAUCGUCCUGUACGAACUGAUGACUGGAGAACUGCCGUAUUCUCACAUCAGGGACAGAGACCAGAUCAUCUUCCUUGUUGGUAGGGGAUGUUUAGUGCCAGAUCUUAGUAAGUUGUACAAGAAUUGUCCCAAAGCAAUGAAGAGGCUGGUAGCAGACUGUGUGCAGAAAGUCAAGGAAGAUAGACCCCUGUUUCCUCAAAUCCUCUCCUCCAUUGAGCUGUUACAACACUCUCUCCCCAAAAUCAACCGAAGUGCUUCAGAGCCCUCCCUGCACCGAGCUACCCACACAGAAGACAUUAAUUCCUGUACAUUGACGUCCCCGCGGUUGCCUGUUUUUUGAAGAGACUGUCUGCACAGGUCCCUUGCGCGGGGUCUUCUUACGAGUUUUUUUUUUUUUUUUUUUUUAAUAAGCUGAAAGCGCUUUGUCUCCUCACGUUCAUUUUGAUAUCACGAAGAAAAUGCUGCUAUUAUCGCAUUUCUGGAGCAGUCAUUGUGGAUAUGAUGGCAAAUGAAGUGGAGGAUAAAGUACUAUUUCCCAUUUGUACACCAUGCACCUCUUGAGCCACGAACUAGCCGUCUCUGGCCUCUAAUGAAUUUGUUACAGGACGUUAUGUGUUACAUAGGUGCCAAGGUCUCAUUGAUGCGCCUGGAACGGUCAACAUUGAAUAAGAAAAAUUUAAUGAAAACAAAACAAAACUGAAGGAGAUUCCUUAAUAUGGACUACUUUGCACAGUUCUGGAAAUGAGGGAGAAAACAGAUUGAACUUUCCCAUGAGUAGACUGCUAAUACCCGACACAGCACAACCUGCUUCACUCUGGUACUGGUUUUGUAAUGUAGUGAAUGCUCUGCAGCAGGAAGACAUAUUACAGUAAGGGUCUGUCUGCAGAGCAUCACCAGUGUGCGUAUAUACGAUUUGUGUGUUUAUAUGCACAUGUUGGAAUCUGCACUAGAUAUGGGAAUCAGUGUGUACACAGUCUUUUUAUUUUGGGUUUUAAUUAGUCUCUGUUCUCUUAUUGCAUUUAUUUUAAACUACAGCUGUCCUGAUUACCCAGUUUUAAUAAAUUAAAUGUGUUUCACA